AUGGGAUUUUUUUGGAAAGGAGACUCUCUCUUUACACGCCGUGCACCUGCACCUGCGAAGGAGACGUCAGAAAAUGGCAUGCCAUGGACGACAUUCCUGAUGGCGCUCCGCGAGCCCACGCCGUUCCCUGAGUCACCGUUGACUCUGUGUCAAUUUCUUGCGACUUCCCUCACAUUCACAAGCAAAGUGCGCUCUAUCCGUUUUUUUAUGGAUGAGCAGCUCUUAUGCAGGCUAGAAAAGCAUGUGGGGUUGCCGCAGAUAUUGAAGCCUUCGCGACAUUUGAAGCCGACGUCGCCGGAAAAGUUGCUUUGUGCACAGUCAUUAUGCGCAUCGUCGCUGCAAGUGCAAGUACAUGUCGCACGCUUCAUUCUUCUUGAAGCUGCUGCUGCUGCUGCGCGCGAGAAGCCUAGCCUGCGGCAAACGCUUAUGUCUGCGUUUUCCAAGACCGCAGGAGCCGGCAUAGCCUCGAUGCUUUCCGGAGCAUUUGGAACACGCCCUGCACCUACGAGCGAAACACUUGCACAAGACAUGCGCCUUGAUUCAGCUGCUCAGCUUGAAACCGUGCAUUCGGCGUUGCAUCUUCGGAUCGUCUCAGCAAACAUUGGCGUGAAUGUACCUGCUUCAUUCGCGCGGGAGAUUGAACGAAGCACAAAGAAGGGCUUGCCGAAGAGCAUGCCUCUCCACAUCGUGUACAUGGGCCAGCACGAACUCGACGCUACGAACGCACCUGAGCCGACUCCUUCCGACAUCGAUGCGCAUGUACGAGUUUUGUUUGAUGGGCUGAUGCCCCGCCUGGACACACAGGGUCGCGUGUUCAUCGGGUUCCGCACGCAUCAAACGACUUCGUUUGCCGGUCAUUUGGCUGCUCGGUUCAUCCCGACUGUCGAGCGAGAAUCGCUUGACUUUGUCGAUCGCUACUGUGCGCGUUGGAACACGGAGCUUUUGGCGAUUGGCGGUUUCGUGGCGCGUGCCGUCUAUGAGCAUGAGAUGCAGCGGAUCGGUGCUGAGUGGGCCGAUCCCUCAAAACGUGAACACGUGCUAGACGCGGCGCUGCACACGAUGCGCUUCUUUUCAUUUCAUCGAUCAUCUCCAUCGUCGCGUGUGUCGGUUACGUUAGAAGAGUCGUUCUUCGCUUGUUGUACACGUCCAUGCAUCUCUCUCAUGUCGACGAAUGGAUUGCGCUCGUCGGAGGCGGUGCGAUUUCCCAGUGCGAUGCUCGCUGACUUUUGCCGCGAUAUACCGGUUUUACCCGCCGCUCACAUCGAGGCUGCAGACGUCUUUGUUAUGCAGCUCCGUGUGCGCAGGCUGGUUCAUGAUAUUACGAUGGAAGACGUGUUUACGGAACUGUCGCGGCGCCCCUUGUCUGUAGAUGAGAUGGUCGCUUGCCUCAAAUGGUGGUGUCAGGUCACAGCACAUCCAUCAUUCGAGCCAUCGCUGCGUCGUCGCCUGAUCCAGUCCGCGGUUGUUCUCACGGAGCAUGGUGUGCAAGCUCUUAGUGACGUCACAACGGUCUUACACCCUGGAAAGCUUCCACCAACAGUCGUGCUCCCGCCGACCUGCUUGACGUACGCAGUAUCGCGGCAUUUCAGGACCACUGAACUCAACUCAGUCUUUGACUGGCACGACCUUAGUGUGAGUUCAUGGCUCGAGUACAUGAUCUCAUUGGACCAGUCACCGGCCCCUGACGUCGCGAAGACUCACGGCCUUACAAAGUCGCCGCAAAAUGCUGAAGCAAUCCUGAGUGUCCUUGCGUGGACUUGGGGCCAUUUGCCCAACGCCCAGAUGUCGGCUGUGAUUGCACUUUUGCAGCCCAUCGCGUGUAUACCCACACGAGCGGGAAUGAAGCGGCCGAAUCAGGCAUAUUUUUCCACCGUCUCCCUGUUCUCUGACUUGCCUGUAAUCGAAUUUCCGAGUCUCGUUAUUCGCGGACAUGCCGAAAAAAUGCUCGAGGCACUGGGUGUCCGCCGUCAUGUCGAGAUCCAGCUUAUUUUCGACCGCCUUCUCGCGGCCGGCGACUGGUCGCAUAUCGAUCUCAUAACAUAUCUGGGUAAGCAAUCCACGCAUCUCACGCCGACUGAAAUGCAGCGCCUCAUGCAGACACCGAUCUUCCCUGCGGAAAGCGGCUCGCACCGCGCCAAGGCCUCGCAGCUGUACGAGCCUUCCGAGGCACUCCGUUCACUUCAGGUACCCAUACUGGACUGGUCUGGACGCACAUGGCGUGCAUCAUCGGAUGAGGCCAAGUUCCUUUUCGCCCUUGGUCUGCGCCGCCACAUUCCACUGCCGGACCUGCUGAGUCGUGCAUCGUGUGAUGAUCCACAGCUUCGUGACAAGGCUAGGACGUACUUGCUUAACAAGUUCGCCGUCUACGCAGACUCGUACAGCCUGAUUGAUGCAGCCUCCUAUGCGUUCGUGCCUGCUUGUGAUGGCAAGCUGUAUGCGCCUCAUCUUGUGUAUACGGAUGCCACUGUCGCUUGUAUGAACUGGCCCGUCGCGAAUGUAUCGGCUGUUGACGCUACAAAGCUUCAGCUUCCGACCCAUCCAAGUGGUGCAGACCUUGUGCAGCGACUGUGUGCGUCUCCACCACAGACAGUUGCUGACGCAUGCCGUGUGUUUACAUUCUUGUCUUCGGUGCGUACAUUUUCUUCGCGUGACCUCGAUACACUCCGACAUGCGCCUAUUGUCCCUGUAGAAGGCCGUGGCCUUGUCGAGCCGGCGUCCUGCUACUUCGCAUCUGCUCAAAAUGCACCGCCCGAGUACCGUGCCGUAUUUGCGUACGUGGACUUUGGGCCAGCGGCAACUGUCUUCUUGCGUGCGUGCGGUGUGUCUGACGAACCCAGCACUGCUGAACUCGUGCAAGUGUUGAUGGACAAUGCACCACAUUUUUAUGAGCUCUGUCGUACACCGGAGACGUACCUGCAAGUUCUUCGCCGGAUUGCCGAUCACAUGGACGAGAUUCCGUCGCACAUGCGCAGGGCUAUGAGCCGCACGCCGUUUCUACUCAGUUUGCAGCAGUCGCGUGGUGACGACAAUUCCGCGGCUUCCGCAAGCGCAUAUGCACUUCGAACUGCACCCGAUAUCGUGUUGGUCGACGAUGCAAAUGCACAUAUGCUGUUCUGUGACCACCUGUUUGUCGCACCACAUGAUGACGUUUUAGAGCCCAUGUAUGCAUCUCUAGGUGCACCACUCCUCAGCUCGCUUGUGUCGGAAUCAUUUGAGAUCGCGGGUCAGGUCCUGUCCGAUACUCCCCAUACACAAGAGGUACGCCGCAUUGUGCUAGAGCGAACGCCGCUUUUUCUCUUCGAAAAACGUGCGAUGGCGAGCAAAGAGAUCCAUCGUGAUAUAACUUGGCUUGAGCAGUCGCUGGUUGUGCUACAAGUGACAGCACCUGGUAUCCAGCAGACACGUGUGCUGAAUUACCAAGGGCACAAGUGGAAAGACGUGCAGAGAUGCUCGGCGAUGGCACGUACUUCUCAGCGCGCAUGGCAACUACAUGUUGCUGGCGAUAUGGAAUUGGAUUGGUUCGAGGUAGCCACGUCUCUUUGCAAGGCACUUUUGAAGCGCCAGCAUUUGCAGGAUGUCCUCCUGCUUAUGACCGUGCUCUCUUCGUCGCUGCGAAGCCUUAAACGCAAGGGCUUCCACGUCGACAAGAUCUUAGCGCAACAGGCGAUGCCAGCGCCACUUGUUAAAGCGCCAGAGCCCGCCUGGGAGAGUUUCAAGGCCCAACUCCUUCAAAUGUUCCCAGAGGCACAACCUGACUAUGUUGAGCAGCUUCUCCGCUCAUAUAAAGACCACCAUAUGCAGCAGGCGAGUGAAGUAUUACUGCAAGGCAACUACCCGCGAGUCUCUCUUGCUAGCGAGGCAUCGGGACAGCAGCGGCAGAACGAAAAGCCAUCCUGCCAAGAGCCUCGUCCCGCUGACAAGACUAGCCAACCUGAGCCCUCAAAAAGCGGCAACAGUGAAAGCGCGCUGGUUCCCGACACACCCAAAAAAAGUAAAGAAGGCCACCAAGCCUCGCCAAUGCCCCCCAUCCAUUUGCCUGAUGUGCGUGGCUCGUUCCUGAAGUCAUGGAAAUCAAAAUUCAGUUCGCGUCCAUCUUCCCUUGCAAGCGGCACGUCGUCGAUUCGUCCAUCAGCGGGUCCAGCGCAGACGCCACCUCUAGCGCCAGGGAAUCCUGCUGCUGACCUACAUGUGCAGCCGCCUACAACGACGACAUCGACCUCCUCGUCAUCCGACAUCCAGCGUCACGUCCAAAAUGCUAUUCAAGCAUCGCGCCCCGAUGCAUCGACGAUUAUCCAGUCCAAAUCACAGACCCGUGACGUACGAGAGGCAGCCACAUCGUUCUGUGACGUAUCAGGCAUUGAUGUGGAUCUUCGCCUGGCAGGUUCCGUCGCUGGGAUGAACGUUUAUGUGAGCACGGAUCUUGACGCAAAUUCGACUCUGAUCAACAAUCAAGCGGCUCUUGAACGUCUCAUUGAGGAUGUGUAUCGGCCCGUCGGCGCCAUCUUUGGUGUUAAUCCAAAGAGCAUGCACGUAUUUUGUGAUACUAAGGGCCCAUCCAUUGCCUUUAAUCGUGGCGGAUCUAUUUAUCUCAACUUCCGCUACUACCUCGCAUGGCACGAUGCAGAUGUCCAGUUGGGACACCUUGUAAAUCCCCUCAUUUCCGUCUACUUUAGUAUGGCGCAUGAACUAGCCCAUAACCUUGUGCUCGCACACAAUUCAGAGCACGAAUUUUACUUCUCCUCUAUCGCUGAGCAAUACUUCAUGUCACUCGCGAAGUACGUAACCUCUUUGUAG